AUGUCUGGAGAAAAACGCCCUGCUCCAGAGGCCUUUGGGCACUCGAGCCAGCUCGUGGUCAAGCGAAAGAAGUCCGACGCCGACCUUAACCCUGGUACUGCGGUCGUGAAAAGCUCGUCGCAAAAUGGCGCCCUUAUUCAAGCGAUUCCUCGAACCAGCGGACUCGAUGCGCCGAUCAUGGAGCUUACAGGCCACUCUGGCGAGGUCUUUACAGUUCGAUUCGAUCCCACAGCUCAACACAUUGCCUCUGGUUCAAUGGACCGGUCCAUCUUGCUGUGGAACACAUACGGACAAUGCGAAAAUUACGGCGAAUUGACCGGCCACAAGGGAGCUAUUCUCGACCUCCAAUGGGCACGCGAUUCACGAGCACUCUUCUCUGCCUCCGCCGAUAUGACACUGGGGAGCUGGGAUGUGGAAACUGGAACACGUGUGCGCCGGCACAUGGGCCACGAAGAGAUUAUCAAUUGCCUCGACAUCAGCAGGCGCGGGCAAGAACUGCUCGUCAGUGGCAGUGAUGAUGGCUGCAUAGGCAUUUGGGACCCGCGGCAAAAGGACGCGUUGGAAUAUCUCGAGACUGAGCUGCCAAUCACAGCAGUCGCUCUGUCCGAGGCCGGAAACGAGAUCUACAGCGGCGGCAUCGAUAAUACGAUUCAUGUCUGGGAUUUGCGCAAGAAGGCUGUUGUUUACUCCAUGGCUGGUCACACCGAUACUAUUACCUCGCUUGAAAUCUCGCCAGACUCUCAAACUCUCCUGUCUAAUUCUCAUGACUCCACAGUCCGGACGUGGGAUAUUCGGCCAUUUGCGCCUACCAACCGACUGGUCAGGACAUUCGACGGUGCACCCGUCGGCCUGGAGAAGAAUCUCAUCCGCGCCAGCUGGGAUCCUAAGGGCUCAAAGAUUGCUGCGGGCAGUGGUGACCGGAGUGUGGUGGUCUGGGAUGCCAACUCGGGCAAGCUGCUGUACAAACUCCCUGGCCACAAGGGUACAGUCAAUGAUGUCCGCUUCUCGCCCAACGACGAGCCAAUCAUUGUUUCUUGCUCGUCGGAUCGGAACUUGAUGCUGGGAGAGCUGGGCAAGUGA